AUCAUAUGUGAAAAAGGAUUAUUCUCAUGAGAAAAUCACGUGUAAGAUUAACAUGAAAAAUCGUGCGUGAAAAAUAAAAACACAUUUGUUAAAUCCUGGUGGUUUAUUUCUAUUUAUUAAUUCAUGCAUAUUCAUUUCUGUAUAUCUUUAUUUACUGUUUAUUAAUUAGUUUAUAUUAAUCACCUGUCUUGCUUUGACUGCAUUAAAACUUCGAGACACCAUUUUCCAGUUUUCAAACAAACAAACAUACACACACACACACACACACACACACACACACACACACACACACACACACAUGUGCAGUAGGGAGUGAACUGGUAAAGAAUUAAGAAAGAGAUGGGAAGAUCAUUUCGUUAAAUUGUAAUUAACAUUUGUUCAUGUUGUAAUAAACCUCUCUCUCUCUAUAUAUAUAAUUGUAAAGAGGUUUAACCAGAUGUAUGGAGAACAGAGGGUACAUCACACCAAAUUUUAUUUCUCCAAUCACCUCUCAUCUCUCCAUCAUCCUCCACUCCAGGUGAGUUUAUCAUUCCUGCCUUCAGUCAGGAAGAGAACAUGCUGUGGAAUGGUUCAGAUAGGCGGGGCCAAUGCCAAACAAAGAGAAACCCCCAGCAUUCAUCACAAUAUUUAGCCACGCCCACCCAAUUACAAUAUUGGAAAUACUGAUUACCAGAUAAAGCUUGCUAUGAGCUGGUCUCACUGCUCAGUCUCUCUCUCACACACACUCCCACACACUCUCAGGACUUAUUACGACAAAAUGGACCAGCUACUUCAAUUCAGCACACGCUUUUCAGCAGUGUUUAAGCACUUCGAAAAUAUCCGGUGUCCUCAGGUGAAGAACGUCUGGCUGUACAGAACCCGAGGCAGGAGACGAGCUCUGGAGUCCAUGGCUCUGCUCAUUAUGAUCUCUCUGUGUGUGCUCCUGAUCCUGUAUAUCACCACGCCAGAAAAAUAUGACAAAAUCACAUCACAGAAGAUGGUUCGUGAGGCCCAGCCUCUGGAGAUGACGACUCCUAGGUGUGAACAAAACAUGUCAGUCGCUAACAUUGAGGAAUUUUCUACCUUUCCAACUGCUAUGCAGGACUUCCUGUAUUACCGCCACUGCAGGAAUUUCCCAAUGUUGCUCACCGUUCCUAACAAGUGCACCAUUCCAAAGAGGUCAGGAGAACCCUUUAUUCUGCUGACCAUCAAAAGUUCACCGGAGAACUACGAACGGCGUUCGGUCUUGCGCAAAACGUGGGCGGCGGAGAGACUACAGAACGGGAUGUGGAUCCGCACCGUGUUCCUGACCGGCACCACCGGGACAGGCUUCAAGAAGCAGAGGUUAAACAAACUCCUGAAGCUGGAGAACACGAAGUACCAGGACAUUCUGCAGUGGGACUUCACGGAUUCUUUCUACAACCUCACUCUCAAGCAGGUCCUGUUCCUGGACUGGAUGCAGAACUGGUGUCCCACUGCAGAUUUCCUCUUUAACGGAGACGACGACGUUUUCGCCAACACGGACAACAUGGUGGAGUUCCUCAAAGGGCAGAGAGAUAACAACGGAAGCAAACACCUGUACAUCGGCCAGCUGCUCCUGACCAGCCCACCUGUUCGGAACAAAAACAGUAAAUAUUUCAUCCCGGAACUGAUCGAGAAAGCCGACAUGUACGCUCCAUACUGCAGUGGAGGUGGCUACCUGUACUCCCGCUUCACUGCCAGGACCAUUCUCCAGAUGUCCCAGUCCAUCACCCUGAUGCCCAUUGACGACGUUUACAUGGGCAUGUGUCUGCAACGAGCCGGACUCCGACCCAUGAACCACCAUGGAGUCUUUGCCAACGGCCUCAUUAUUCCUUCUGACAAACUGGACAUUUAUGAUCCCUGCUAUUACCGUGAGAUUAUCCUCAGCCACAAAUUCUUCCCUCAUCAGAUUUUCCUUCUGUGGGAUGAAAUACAUCGGAAAGAUUUGAACUGCUCAAAGAAAGAAGUUAAUCUGUAACACUUUAUUUAUUGUACAUUUUGAUAUGCUGAGAGAGUUUAUUCUGAGCAGCACCGGUUGUUCAGGUUUGUGCAUCACUGAAAUAAUAUGAAGAGCUGGAAUCUUUAAAUGGUAAUAUACAGCACGAAGAAUUUCACUUGUCCUUAUUUCCUUUUGUUUCCUCACUGUACCUUGUCGGGUAACUGCCCCCUCGGACUGUAUAACUUUGUAUUAUUAUACCGUCUUAACGGAACGAUUAAAGGUUAUGGAAUAUUUACGUUUACUGCAGCUGUGGGGAAAAGUUUUUAUAAAGGAUUAUUAACCUAACGUGAUCUUCAUCUGAGUUAUAAUAAUAAAUAAAUACUUAUUUAUUUGCCAGAAAGAAGCAUUAGUCUUAUUUAACAAACAACACAUUCAACAUUUUGAGUAUUUUGAGUUAACGAGAAUAAAGUCACUGUAGCCAGGUGAUAAACGACUGUCUGGAUUCUGGAUCAGUCUCGAUAAAUAAAUCAGAUCAAAUAUAGCUGUCACGCAAUUCAAAAAGAUGCAUAUAGUGGAAUAAAUACUGUAUAAUGCCUGCAGGACCGGGGCUGAAGGAACAGAGCAACGUGUUUGUUUGUUUCUUUGUUUGUUUAUGACACCACGGCGUUGCUGAGUUCUAGAUUGUGAUUGGUCAGCAGGUGUUGAUUAACUCUCUAUCACAGCAGCUCUGACAGUAGCGCAGCUGCAAAUCACAGGUUUAUUUAUAAUGAAUACGUUCGUUUUAAUAUGUUAUCGUUUCUAUAGUAACAGCUCAUUCACAGGGACGUGUACAGCAGAUGCUCCACUGAUAAUAAACUGAUUCGUGUUUAUUAUGU